UUUCAUGAGUAAAUCAUAGAAGUUUUUACUAUUUCUUUUCCAUAUGGGAUACACAUGCAUAAGACAUGAUCUGAGGACAAAACACAGUUAAACUCACAGAAAUUUGAGCUGCAAAAGAAUCCCCACAUAUUUUUUCAAAAGGGCAACUUUAAUCCAAAGUCCUUAACAGUUCGAUCAAUGGAAUCGGCCAUGUACUGUAAUAACUUGAACGAGAAUCUCCUUCCCUGACCCAGAAAACUGAAGAUUAGUCAAAUAUCAACCAAAAAUGUAUCAAGUGACUAUCAGUCAAGUCCUCCUAAUGAGUUCUCCUUAUUGAAGUGAAUGUUGUUUUAGUGUUGGAUGAAGGGAUCAAACACAGGGCUGUUACCUGGGAGACUGAAGUUUCUGUUCUUUGCCAAACCAAGUUAAACAACGCUACCUGGUUAGAAGAAGCAGCAUUUUCUCAUCUGCCUUCACACGUGUAUUCAAUUCAGUUGUGUUCAUAUAUCACCAGCCCACAACAACAGUUGUGUCAAGUUGCUUUGUAUUGUGAGGUUAAGACCAUACAAUAUCAACUCAAGUAAUGUCCCAUUUCCAUUCCAUAGGCUUUAAUGUGAUGUUGGCCCACCCUUUGCAGCUAUGACAUCUUCAAACCUUCUAGAAAGGCCUUACACAAUGUUUGGAGUAUAUUUAUGGGAAUUUCUGAUUUUUUCACAACUGCGUUUGUGUGGUUAGACACUAAUGUUGGACAAGGAGGCCAAAGUUUCACUAUCAGGUUGUGGUCAGGUCAGGGUUCUUUAACACCAAACUCACACAUCUGUGUCUUUAUGGACCUUGCUUUGUGCAAUGGUGCACAGUUAUGUUGGAAGAAGAAAGGGCUAUCCCCAAACUGUUCCCACAAAGUUGUGAGCAUAACAUUGUACAAAAUGUAUUAGUAUGCUAAAGCGUUAACAGUUCCCUUCACUGGAACUAAGGGUUCAAACCCAGCUCCUGAAAAAUAAUCCAACACUACAGGUCCCCAUCCACGGCCAUGAAAACAAUGUUGGUCUUUCAGUGUGCUUGGCUUAUAUGAAUGGAGUGUACAGUCUAGUUUCAUCUGAUCUAUGUUUGAUCCUUAAGAUCAGACUUCAAGUUUUACCUUGUGCACCUAGGAUUUUGAAAUGGAUGCCAUUGGUGCAUCUACUGGUAGGCUAACAGGUAGAAUUGGCAACCACAGGUAUUAUUUUAUGUCUUUUAUCUGUAGAGUUUUCAAUUUCUCUGUGUGCCUGCACCGUCCUCAAGAUAUUAAGACAUCCUUUGACAGUCCAAAGGUGAACUUGUGAGGCUAAUUUGUGACCGUAAAGAGACCUGAAUGGUUUUCUGUCUCUGGAUGGAAUUUCCUGUUGGUGCUUUCAUUAAAGCAGUCUUGUUAUCUUUUUAGCAUAAAUUGCAUACCUACAUGUCCUGUCUGAAUGGUUUUCCUUCUGCUUCAGAUCUGUUUAUGGUCCAAAUGUGGCUCUUGGUCUGUCUCCUGACCCUCAGCUCAGUGGCCCCAAUGACUGCUGUUGGUGGAGAUGUGUGUGUGGCAGGUCAUGACAGCGGGCCAGUGUUUGAAGAACAGCCGAGCAGUUUAAUUUACCCUGAAGGCCUGACUGAAGGCAAAGUGACCCUGAGCUGUCAGGCCAGAGCAAAUCCAGCUGCUGCUUAUAGGUGGCUUGUGAAUGGGACUGCGGUUCCACUGAAUUUGGACCGAUACUCCCUGGUGGCUGGUACCCUGGUGAUAAGCAGCCCCGACCCCAUCCGGGAUACAGGCUCUUACCAGUGUCUAGCUAUCAACCGCUGUGGCACCAUCAUUAGCAGAGCAGCCAACCUCAAGUUUGGUUACCUCCAUGACUUCCCUCCAGAUGGCAGAAGUCCUCAAACAAUAACUGAAGGUCAAGGAACGUUCUUGGCCUGCCAACCUCCUCCACAUUACCCAGCGCUGUCUUACCGCUGGUUUCUCAACGAGUUUCCCAACUUCAUCAGGAAGGAUGAUGGGCGCUGGUUUGUGUCACAGGUCACUGGGAAUCUGUACCUGGCCAAAGCUGAACCUAAUGACACAGCAAACUACUUCUGCUUCACAACGAUCAACAUGGAAGUUAGCACGAAGAGCACAUUCAGCAAGGCCAACCAGCUCACGGUAGUCCCUGAUGCCAAUCCCAGGAAGUCAGCUCCAACCAUUAAAGUGCGCUUCCUGGCAGAUACCUAUGCCCUGGCUGGACACACCACCCAGUUAGAGUGCUUUGCUUAUGGAAAUCCAGUUCCAAAGGUGCGGUGGAGGAAGGUGGAUGGUCUAAUGCCAUCCAAGGCAGGCCCCACUGUGGAGGGUCCCACCCUGACCCUUCCUGAACUCUCCUUUGACGAUGAGGGCAUUUACGAGUGUGAAGCCUACAACUCAGAAGGAAGGGACACGCACCAGGGACGCAUUAAUGUCCAAGCUCAACCAGAGUGGUUGCAGGUGAUGACCGACUCAGAGGUGGAGAUUAGCUCAGAUCUUCAGUGGAGUUGUGUGGCUGCUGGAAAACCUCGACCCUCUGUACGCUGGCUACGCAAUGGACAGCCACUUAGUACACAGGAUCGUGUGGAGGUGAAUGGAGUUCAUCUUAGAAUCAUCAACCUUGCUCUGGAGGAUUCUGGCAUGUACCAGUGUGUGGCUGAAAACAAGCAUGGCACCAUCUACUCGACUGCUGAGCUCAGGGUCCAAGUUCAGGCUCCAGACUUCCGGUUGAAUCCAGUAAGGAAGCUUAUUCCAGCAGCUAGAGGGGGACAGGUGAUGAUUGAUUGUCGCCCUCGAGCUGCCCCGAAGCCCAGUCUGUUCUGGAGUCGUGGAACAGAGUUGCUCACCAACAGCAGCAGAAUCACAGUAACUCCAGAUGGCAUCUUGUGGAUUUAUAACAUCAGCAGAGCAGAUGAAGGAAAGUACACCUGCUUUGCUGAAAACUACCUCGGCAAAGCCAACAGCACUGGACACCUGUCUGUGAGAGAAGGAAAACACUGGUGACCUGUUGAUUGUGAGGGCUCAGCUGAGCCAGGCGGGGACGUACGUGUGCACAGCUCAGACCGUGGUGGACAGCGCCGCAGCCUCAGCUAAGCUGGUGGUUCGAGGACCCCCAGGACCUCCUGGAGGUUUGUUGGUGAAGAACGUGGCUGAGACAUCAGUGGAACUCAGGUGGAGCCGUGGUUACGAUAACCACAGUCCUAUCGGCAAAUACGUCAUCAUGGGCCGCUCUCCUCUGUCGUCUGAGUGGAGGAAGAUGAGGACAGAUCCAGUGAACAUUGAAGGAAACGCAGAGUCAGCUCGUGUGACAGGAUUGAUUCCCUGGACGGAUUAUGAAUUCCAGGUUAUUGCCAGCAACAUCUUGGGCAGUGGAGAGCCUAGCAUGCCUUCCCACAUCGUUCGGACACUGCAAGCAGCUCCCACUGUGGCCCCGAGUGGACUGGGAGGUGGAGGAGGAGACCGUGAUGAGCUCAUUGUUACAUGGACGCCCAUGGCCAGAGAAUACCAGAACGGUGACGGCUUCGGGUACAUCUUGGGGUUCAGAAAGAAGGACACAUCAUCAUGGACAGAGGUGCGAGUUCCACGUGUAGAGUCCUCUCGACAUGUUUACUACAACAGCAGUCUGGCAGCAUACACUCCCUUUGAAGUGAAGAUCAAAGCUUAUAACCGCAAAGGAGAAGGCCCGUUUAGCCAGGUGGCUGUGGUUCACUCCGCAGAGGAAGAGCCAACCGUGGGGCCUUCCAGCAUCAAUGCCACGGCACUGUCCGCCUUUGAGAUCCAGGUUUCCUGGGAGCCUGUGCAGCAGCUCAGCACCAAUGGCAUCCUGAGAGGAUACGAGAUCCGGUACUGGCGGCAGCACGAAAGAGAAGCAGCAGCGGACCGCGUGAGGACGGCGGGCCUGGAGCCGACAGCCAGGGUGUCUGGACUUCGACCCAGCACUCGAUACCACGUCGCUGUUCUGGCAUACAACAGUGCCGGCACAGGACCGCCCUCGCCACGCACCGCCGUCACCACCAGGAAACCACCUCCCAAUCGUCCUCCGGGCAGCGUGUCGUGGAAGGCUCACGGCUCGCGGGUCACGGUGAGAUGGGACCAAGUGACAGCCAUGCACAACGAGUCAGCCAUACUGGGCUACAAAGUUCUGUACAAGCACGAGGACCAGGCAGCUUUGAAGUUUCUGGACAAGACGAAGACGUCAUUGAGCCUGCCGCUGCCCAAAGACAACGCUUACAUUGUGUUGGAGAUUUGGUCAUGGGGCGAGGGCGGGGACGGGCCAGCACACGAGAUUAUCGUGUCCCGGGAUUCAGGGACUGGUAUGAUGGUGCAGAAGGAUGCCUCCUCCACACUGCCCUGUCCCCAUGCCCACCUCCUCUCAGGCUUGGCUCUGCUCAUUUCUGCGGUGGUGUCAGGCCUAUAAUCUCGGCCAGUCGGAACUUUUUCUUAUGGGUGGCUUGAAACUAAUGCUCUCCUUUAUGGAUAGGUGGGUGUGGGUCCGGGGGUGGGAAACACGGGGAUUCGCUUUUAAUAAUGACAAGGAUCUUUGUAAAAUGUCUGCAGGAGGUAUUAUGUUUGUGCACUGCUCUCAGUAUAAACCAUGCCUUAUUGGGACACAUGUGGCUGACACGCCACAUGCGUCCUUGAAACUGUAGUUGGCAGGACUUCAGGUGUAAAUGUAAUAAUAGAGUCAACGUGGUGGAGGUCUGCGUGUUCACACUGAGGGCAGGUUGCUUACUGAGUCUACAGGUGAUGUUAGAGCAUUUGUCACUUUACCAACUGAAUGUGUGAUGAAAUACCAGAGAGGCUGAUGGUCAAGCGUUCUGCCAAACCUGCCAGGUGGCAAAUUAGAGACAGAAUCCAGCUCUUUCACCUGUGUCUCCUGUUUGAAUCACAAAGUGCUUCUCUUGUUGCUCACAGUGUGAACACAGCAUAAACCCGAGGCUCUAAAGAACUGCUAACUGUUGUUUCCAGCUACUGUCUCUGUGCUUGUCUCACGUGUCUAGAUGAUUAUUAUACUGUUUGAUGUCUUGUUUCAUUUCAGGGAAUUGAAAUUUGAUUGUAUUUAAUUCUUUGUUGAUGUUUUUUUGUUUUUUCUUUGAAUCGUUUUGACAGGAAUGUAAAAAUACUUCUGUUUGUGUUUCUCGGGUUUACUCUGUGUCUCUUGUGCUGAUAGGCUGAGAUGAAAAGGCCAGAGCAGCAGGGAUAGAUGACCGAUCACCAAAGUUAUCAGCAGUGUUGUAAACUGUCCUCACUGUAACCCCGUUAUCAGCUGUUAUGUAACGAUUCUGCUCCACCACACUUUACAGGAAACAUGUGGCCGCUGUCAUGUACAUUUUUAUCUACAGCUCGAGAGUUAAGAUCAAACAUACAUGUCACGUGCUAAAAACUGCUGUUUUUUUAUUAUUUUGUUGUUGAUAUACUCAGAACCUUUGACUUGGUUUGAAUGGUAGCUGCUGCUUUGGUCUAAGCUGUUGGCAGGAAUGCAUCGUUUUGGUUUUCUACCCGUAAAACACUGCAAUGCUUCAAACUGAGUUUUUACUGGAUGAGGCUCUGUUGUUAUUUUACAUCUGUACCAAAUGUUAUUGCUAAUGCAUGCAGCGCUUAAUAUGCUGUUCAUUGUUAAUACAGUUUGUUCCUAAGUCAGUAAGUGAGAAGUCACACUGGUGGAUUUUUAUAUUCCUGUGUUACAUCAGUCACACUGUCUAAUGCUGAGUCAUCGCCAUCACUUUCCCCUAAUCCCAACCAUAUAUAGUAGCAUUGUAGGAUAAGUUUUCUAACAUCAUUUUAUUGUAAUAUCCCCAAAUAAUCUCUUAAAGACAUAAAAUCCCCCUUUUAGCCAAAUCACGGUUUCUUAAUAAUCUGCUCAGAAUAAUCAUGGAAAUAGUUCUGCUGUCCUUACACAGGAUAAUAAUCAAUACAUGACUGAUAGCUGUGCAUGACAGAAGAUGUACAAUGCAAAAGGCUGUAUAAGAGAAACUGAUGCUAUGAAAGGAGGCUGGGGAAGCUUCAGACAGGGAGCGUGAGUAUGAGUCACUAGCUUGCUUUUCUCUUUGCUGGUGUCUGAUGGCACCAAGCGUAGUGGUUGCCAAAAGGCUAGGAAGGAGGAUUAAUUAACUAUGGAAUAAAAACGGAUAAAAAAUAAAAGACUCAAUAUGGUGGACUGAAUAGACUUCCAUAUGAAAUACUCAUGCAGAUAUGUGCAAGCCACGCUGAAUGCACCGCCUUGCUAAAGCAGUGUUGGGGUAUGGAUGAGCCUCGCCAUCCAGGCCCAGCCAAUAAGUCACUGAGCCCCUUAGCUGAAAUCUGAAAGUACACUUCUACUACAACUUACACAGAUUAAUAUCAUUUGGAAAUGAAAACCUAAACACCCUAAUGCUGAUAAGCUAUUGCAGCGCAACUAGAGAUCAAUGUUUGAUGGAGCAGCUUUGGAGCAGAUUUCCCCAAGAGUGAACUAUGAGCAAAUGGUUGCAUAUACAUGCUGUUUUUGUUUUGGGGUUUUUUGGUGAAUAAAAUGACUUGAGAUGACCCCCCACCCCCCCUUCCUCUGCCUCCAUAUAGGUUGGUUGCACAGAACAUAUGGUCUACUGCCUAAGGUGAGAAAUAUCUCCUCACCUUCUGCAUGCAGUGUUGAGAUGCAGUUGAUGGAAGAUGAACUUGAAUGUUAGUAUUUAUGCUGCGAACAUUCUUGGCUUACUUAAGGAAGCUGUGGAAGCAGUGGAUCGCCAUCUCUGUGUCAAUCCAAGAAGAUUGCAAAGCAUUUAAGGCUAUUAAUAUAUAUUUUUUAACCUAUCAGAAGAAGAUCACUUAAACUUUUUUCCCCCCAUUCAGCCAAAGGGGAGAACGAGAGGUGCAGACAGGUGCCGACAAUCAGAGGAUUUCAGAUUCAUUUAUUUUUUUGACAUCCUGUUAUUUUCAGCUGACAUUGAGAGACAACUGAAUUUGGCUUUACCUCAGAGACUCUUGAAUCCUUGUGCACAAGUUAAAAGAUGCAUUUGAAGCCUGGGGAAGCAAGAGUGGCCCAGGGAGCGAUUUCAUCUAGCAUAAACAGAGGACAACAGAGACAGCGCUCCCAGCUGAGCGAGAGAUUUACAUGCUGUUUGCACUCACCAGAGCUUACAGAUGGUACAGACUUGUAUAUGUGAAAAGUGUAAAUAAAGCUCUUGCAAUUGCACAGCACUGAGCUUGAAGCUGGAGCGAGAAUUGCCAGGAGAAUAGGUUGUAGUCCUAACAGAAAUGCUAUUACACCGUAGAACUUCAUGGAUGAUGAUGAUGAUGAUGAUGAUGAUGAUGGGAUUGAAGAAAAUGUUCCCCAAAAUCAAAAUGACUGAAAGGCAACCAACAUGUAAAACGACACAAUCACACGAAAGGCGAAAACACUUUGUUUUCACUGACUGCUGCAAAAGAAAAGGCCAGCUCAAGGAGACAGCGCUCCCAAGGUGGAAGCUGAUGGAAAGAUUAAAUCCAAUCCAAGAAAACAAUUAAUCCACUGCUUCCCUCCAGAUUAGCUGAAGAAAUAAUGAAAAUCACUCACCCCAGAAGAAUAACCUCCAAACUAUGCAAAGUAAUUUCCAACACUGAUGUAUCUAUCGCACUACCAACACUCAAAUGGGAAAAUGACCUGGAGUGCUCCCAAUAACAUUUUCUCCAUGACCAAAAAUGCAAACGUACACAGUAUAAAUCAAUUCACCCCCAACACAAAGGAUAAUGUUUAAAAUGGGUUUAGGGAGCACAGACACUUGUUCACGGUGCACUUCAGGGAGGUCAGACGAUUACUUCACCCAUGUGGUGUGUGUAUAAUCAUCAGUAGUCACUAGUGAUCACGUGAUUUCCCUUUUUAAUAUAAAUAACAUGUUUAAUGUCUGCAGGAUGAAAAUUGGAUUUUUUUUAUUAGAAAUUCUACCGAACAAUCAGGCUGGGGUCUAACCCUAACCCCAAAACAUAUUAUUAGUAGUGCUGUCAAUAGAUAAAAAAAAUGUCGAUUAAUCACAAUUACUUGAUCAAUAGCUUGGUUGCAAUUACUUUUUUUCAACUUUAUAUUUAAGCCUGUAACUGACAUCUAAACAACAUAACUGUUGUUAAAUGCUUAAAUUCAAAGAGAGUUUGAAUAGUCUUCUUCAGUCUGUCAGCACAGGUUCUCUCUUGUGAAAUACAACUUUUUAACAACCUAUAUACUAAUAGGUAAGUAUACAUAUAUAAUAAUAUUAGUGCUGUCAAACAAUUAAAUUAAAUUAUUGAACUUAAGUGGGUCAAAAAGCAUUUCCACUGGCGCAGACCUAGUUGUGGCAUGAAGCUUGAUAUAGCUGAAAUCAAGAGAUGUGAACUUCUGUCAGAUGUUUAACUCAAGCCGUAAAUAAUACUGGUGCUACUAAUGAAUUUUUCACAGGUGUUUAUUGGCCCAAAAUAACUGGACCAACAUGUGAGCACAGAUAAUGAUAACACCUAGCUACAGCUAUCUACGUACAGACAGAAAAUGAUUUUUUCAAAUGUUUGUGUAUGUUAGCCACACUCGACUUAAGUGAGGUGAUGAAGCAAAUACGAAAAAAUGAAUCGUCACAGUCAUUAGGUUUAAGUAUAAAACAAAAACGUCACUAAAUGUUUUGGUUGUCCACAUGAAUCAUAUACUGAAACACACCAAAAUCAAGUUUCAGAACCAAACAGUGUAAAAGAGGUUUCCUGUCAUGUUACUGACCAUCUGUGAAGCCUUCGCUUUGGAAAAGAGGCUGAGAGCAACAUGGGUGUGACACACAGACUGUUAAGCUAUAUCUCUGGUCUUUAAAUAUGAGGAACGUAUUGCAAGAAGUUUAAGGUGGAUGGACGGGUCAGCAGAACACUGAAUUUUGGACCUAAGUCUCCAAUGUUAGGUCCGGUCAGAGCAAGAUCUUUUUUGUCCUGGUUGUGGAACACUGGACCAGGUCCUUAUCCUCUUGAGAGUGUGUGAGAGUGGGUGGGACCAACCUAUGACCAACCUGUCUACAUGUGUUCUGUAUACUUCGAUUCAGGUUUUUUCAGUUCAGUUUUAUUUAUAUAGCACCAAAUCACAACAACAGUCGCCUCAAAGCGCUUUAUAUUGUAAGGUAGACCUACAAUACAGUGUCUGUCUGCUGAAUCCAAACUGGAAGCUGGUUCCACAGAAGAGGGGCCUGAAAACUGAAGGCUCUGCCUCCCAUUCUACUUUUAAAUACUCUAGGAACAACAAGUAGGCCUGCAGAGCGAGCGCAAAGUGCUCUAAUAGGGUGAUAUGGUACUACAAGGUCAUUAAGAUAAGAUGAGAUGUAUGUGAGGAGCUGUCACGCUGUCGAGGCGAGCCGUGUGGUGUUGGAGGGAAAAGGACCCAAAAUGCAGGCAGUUGACUGAUGCAAGUGACGUUUAUUUGCAAGUAAUAGGGUGAUGGAACAGGCAGUGAGGAGUGAGGAAUGACAAAUGACUAAAGAAACCUAAACCGC